AUGGAUUUCGCAUCAGCACCAUUGGAGGCCUUGCUUGUGCAGAAUGCCGAGGUCGAUCAAUUGGAGGUGUAUUUGAAGCAGCUGGAUCGUCGAUUUCGCCAAACGGCUGAUGACGAGAAGGAUCGGUUUGGAGCUUUGCAGAUCUUGUUGCCCACCUUGAAAGCCUUUGUUUUGCGUCGAUCUUCGCAUGCUGAUCGCGAGAAUGCGUUGCACACGUACUUGCACCCACUUAUUAUGCACAGCUUUCGACAUGGAUCGAUGGUAGCCACCGAGAGCGUGAGCUUGUUGAGUGAUACGGUGGCCUAUUGGAUGGCACGUUCAAUGGAAGGACACGACGAUGAUGAUGAUAUGGAUACAUUUGAUUCCAGCAACGACAACUUUGGACGAUCAAUUUUAUUGUUAUUUCUCGGUCAGCUGCUCUUGGUCAUGGAAAGCGAGCCUGAUUUUGUCGACCUUAACCCAGUCCAGUUUACUCAAUCAUGCUUGGUGAAUCAACCCGACGAGUGGAAACAACUUCAGUCUUAUGUCGCUACUCUACGUUCUGAAUCUAUUGCCAAAGAGGAGGAAGAGGAGGAUGCUACAAGUGUUAUCAGUGAUUCAACCAUGUUAUCCGCCAAGGGUACAACAACAUUUGAUCUCGAAUGCUGUUUGGAUGUCUUGAGCCGUUUUGUGAUGGAGAUCAGCGACAAAGAUAAUGGAGAUAUGGCUGGCUGGAUGAAUGUGCUUAUGGCAAUUGCAGUGGCCAUGAUGCCUUGCACUGAUGGUCCGAUUCGUUCCAAGCUCACAAGGGAUUUGAUUCCAAAUGCUUAUCGUUGGCAUCAACAACAAUCAAUGGAUGCUGUGACAAUGGAAAACCGUGAACAUUGGGCAAAGAUGCUAUGGAAACGCACACUCCAAAUCUUUGAGCUACCUGCCACCAAUUUGUUGCGAAGUGAGACCUAUGGAUUGAUUGCAAGAUUCUUUGAAUUGUUCUUUGUCAGUGAUGGUCAACACCCAAUCGUUUAUCUUGAUUUGCGUUAUGAAGAGGACUUUUUCAAAGUGCUACAGAGUGGGUUGCGUAGCAACGACAGCCUUUAUCGCAAAUACUCAGCCUACUUGUUGAAACGCAUCAUCGAUUUCACUGUGAAGCAUCCAGAACUUACCAGCAACAAGCCAUGGACACGUUAUUUCCAGUGGUCGAUUGCCAAAUCAGAAUUUUAUGCGGAUCUAUGGGCGGAUUGGUUCCUUCUUUACGAGAUCAUGCAUGAAACGGUGAUUCAUUUGGUGGAGCCUGUACUACCACGUUUUGAAAUGAUGUUGACCAAUGCCGAAACAACCAUGGACCCUUCUUGGUGGAUUCUUUUGUUCUACCGUGGAUUUCAAAACGAGACAUCUUCGGUGAAAAAGGGCAUUCUCGAGUAUAUCUUUACGCUUGAAAAUCGCAACGUCCUCCAACUACUCGCUUCACAAAAUGAUUUCAUGUUUGGUGCAAUGCUCAAAACAGUGGAUGUCAUGGCCAUGUAUACAGUGCGAACACAAGGUGUUUUGAUCAGCCCCUUUGGUGAGAAGUUGAAAUCAUUUAUUCGAAAUCUUGUAUCGGCUGUGGAUAAUACAGAUGAGAAGGUGCGUUUGCUGAGCCAGCUAUUGCAUUACAUGAGCCACGUACUUGCGAGCUAUAUCCCAAUUCUUUACAUUAUGGAAGCCAUUGUGGAGACCGAUGGUGUGCCUGCAUGGGGACCAGAGGAGCUCAAGUCGGUGCGUCAUCUUGUAGAUCGUCAUCCCCACUUCCAGCUGGUGAAAUCAAAACUUUAUCUGCGUAAGCUCGCCAUCAAAGCCGUCAUUCGAUUUGCAAAUACGAAUAAGCUAUCGUUUUCCGAUGUGGCAAAAACGGUGUCCUCCCUCGUUACCGAUUAUCCUGUCCAAAGUCGAUCUGAUGCCUUCUUAUCGAUACAAGGCUGGCUGGAAGAAGCGGUGUCUGCGGACAAGUCAUUGGAUCCCCUUUUGGAGCAAUUGAAAGAACGUGCAAAUGGCUAUAUUAAUAGAACGGCUUCUGAUGAAGAAGAUGUGCCCUUUGGACUUUUACGUAACCAAGCAAACGUUUUGUCACGGAUGAGCAUCUUUCUGAUCACUGACAAGGAUGGAAAGCCCCAAAAGGACCAUGCAUCACGCCUUUUCUCUCUCUUGGUAUCCAAGCUCAACGAUAGUUCAUUAUCGAUCACUAUGUUUAAUCGAUUACUUAUACUGCUCGAUGCCGUUUGGGAUGUAUUCGAUGUAUGCUUUGAUAGCUGUAAAGAUUUCCUUGUCAUUGUGGGAUUGAACAACGUAACGGAUAUCUUGGCUCGCAUUGAUUCGCAAUAUCUGAAUGAGGACGAGGACAAUGCCUAUGAUGAUGAUUUGGUCGAUCUUUUGAUUUCGAUCACCCGCCGCAUUUUCAUUACUGAUGAUACCUUGGAGAAGGGCGUUCGUGAGAAGAUGAUCACCGGGUCUUUUGAGCGAUGCAAAAAGCUGUUACAGAAAAAGACUUCACCUCCUGUAGCCAACAAGGAACUGGCCAAGGCUGACCAUAUGCGCCUGAUGAAUGUCCUAUAUAAUGCAGCUCUUGCCCAUUCGCUCUUUGUGUUGGAUUGUGAUGAUAGCAUUGCGACAUUGUUGAACGGCGUCCAAUUAAGGAAAACGGCUGAAGCACUGCAAGUGAGAACUUGGGGCGAUACGAUCUCUGGUUUUAUUCGUGAUAAAUGGGAAGCUAUCGAAGCAUUGGUUCAUUAUGCAAAGAAGGCCAAAGAAAACAACGGCAGCAUCAGCAUACUGAACCCUGAGCCAUUGUUUGAAACCGCUGUUGAGCAACUAGAAUGUGGAUCGGAGAUCUGUGCAGCCGCUCUCAUGAACUGCGUUGCCGAGAUUUUGACGUUGCCAUGGGAAAAGUCUUACGACUUGGUUGACCAAAGCGUGAACUACGCCAUUGAGCUUAUCAAAGAGAACCUUUACCAAUCCAAGACAAGCCCACCUAUGAUGCGAGCUAUCAUUCGUAUGGUCUUUCAGCCUGAACUAUUACGACGAGCGGAUUUGAAUGAGGAUGAUGGACCCAUCAAGAGAGCCUUGAACUAUGUACUCGAGAUUGGUGAUAUCAAGCCAUUCGUGGUUGCACAAUGCGCAUCUCAGUUAUAUGAAUUUUGGUCUACCCAUUCUCCCGAGGCGAAUCAAAGCAUGCUGCAAUAUGCUCGUGAGAUUGCCCGCCUUUUGGUAUUUGGCCCAAUGCGUGAGAGAGAUGAUCAAAAAUUGGAAUCGGUGGUCGCCCACAAGUAUGAAGAACCGGAUGCUGUCCAAGAAGCACAAGAUUCGGCAGCUAUGAUUUUUACACAAAACGACUACAUGGUUCGGGUGUAUAUGAACGACCUGAUGCUGCGUCUGGAUAAGGACAACAAAAACCACGCGACUUUGGCUAAGCAGGUCAUGGAUUAUUUGUUGGAGGAAACGAACAAUGAGAAGUUCAAGGCCUUCCAAUUCUUAUCAACCAUUGAACACCGAACCAAGCUGCGGAUAUGGUGCUCUUUUAUGUUGCUGCAACGCUUUGUCACCGAGGAGACUGUUGAUCACUUUAUACACCGUGUGGCUGAAACAAUGAAAGGGGAGACUCAAAUCUCAGUGCGCUGCUAUAUGGAGUGGUUUAUGGCAAGACUCUAUUUGGCAUUCCCUAGUCGAUUGAAUCACUUGUACUCGCUUCUCGAUAAUGCGGAUACCGCUCCCCACCACACUGUAUCGAUUCUCACCGUAACAUUUACGCUUGGUGAAAACUUGGACGAUGACUCUGCCAAGGGAUACUUUAACGAGAUUUUCGCACGUAUUAUCCCAUGGCUUACAUCCAACAACUUUACAGUGCGACUAUAUGCAUAUUGUGCUUGGUUCCGAUCGCUGAAGCCUUGUCGUGAAAGGGGAUUGAAUCCAGGCUUUGAUCAGAAUCAAUACAUGAGAACUUUGAUUACGUUUAUGGACACUUACCCAGAGACCGCCAAAUUCAAGGAGAAGUUUGAAUCGCACUUUUACAUGAGCACAUUUGAUCCCAUCAAGGAUUACAACAUUGAAUUCAUUUUCCGGCAACUCAUGACAACAUUCAAGGUUAUUGAAAAUGAAAAGAUCGCUGCCCGAGCAUUUUCCAAAAUCAAUCCUAAGCCUGUGGAAGAAUGCCCAUUUACCAACCCCACAAGACGUGAGAUUUACACCUAUACCGAUCCCGCAGAAUUGAUUGAAGAGACACCAUCUGACAGCAACAAACAAGACAUGCCAACGGAGGAUGCACCUUAUCAAAAGAAGAUUAUGCCAUGGGAUAUGAUGAUGGAGACCGAUGUUGAUCUCUCAAAAGCCAUCAUCCAAAAGAAGAGACGAAGAAACGAUCUUAUUGUGGUGGCCAGUCUCGUCGAUAGAGUGCCUAAUCUCGCAGGAUUGUGCAGGACGUGUGAGAUCUUUAAUGCAUCACAAUUAGUGGUUCCUAAUAUCAAGGUCAAGGACGAUCCAUACUUUGUUAAUAUCAGUGUUGCUUCCGAGCGUUGGAUGCCAAUGAAGGAAGUGUCGGAAGCUGAUGUACCAGAAUUCCUUGAGGAAAAGAAGAAACAAGGCUACCAUCUAUGUGGAUUGGAACAAACGACCACGAGCACUAUGUUGGGCGAAUUUGAGUUUCCUGAACGAUGCGUACUUUUGUUGGGUAAAGAACGUCAGGGUAUUCCAGCCAAUUUAUUACAAAUGCUUGACAGCACAGUGGAGAUUCCUCAACAAGGCAUUACACGAUCAUUGAAUGUCCAUGUCAGUGGAGCAAUUUGUAUUUACGAAUAUACAAAGCAGAUGCAGUGGCGACAAAGAUAA